AUGUUUAGAGAUGCACCUGAAUAUCUGAGUACUCCUAGAAAUGAUCUCCAUGAUGAGGAACAACACCAAAAUGCCAAUUAUAAUCAGCCACUCAACUUGUUACCUGUUCAAGCAGAACAUGAUACACCCGCAGAACACAGGAGCAAUGGUCUUCAACCUCAUCAAAAAGAAGCCGAUAGUGUUUGGCAACAUUGGCCACCUGGUAAUGAUGCAUAUCCUGUAGCAGAAUAUAACAAAAUGCAACAGUCUCCCCAGAAUGUCCCUUAUGAUGAGCUUCUGUUUACAGAUCCACCUCCACCAUAUUCUCCUGACUCCUCUCAAACUCAUGAACACAAUCCAAGGGAAGAUGAUAAACUCAAAUCCUAUCAUCAAGAGAAACACUUAGAACAGACCUUGUACAAGACUUACAGGCCCAAGGGGUAUAAAUUGACUCAAAAUAGACCACAGAUUCAGGUGAUUACUCAACCACCUGAAUCCAAGUCACAAGUCUCAGAUACCAUGCAAAUGAUAAUGAUGCAGCAAAUGAUGAUGCAACAGAUGCAAGCUCAGCAAAUGCAAACUGUUCAAAUGGCUACCAUGAAUCAGCAAAAUAAACAAAUGCAAUCCACACAAAUACAAAACCAUCAACAAUCCCAUGGGAGUAACGGGCCCUGUAAGCAAAGGAAAAAUGGUGGGUCAAUUAACAUACAAAAUUGUCAACAGAAUGUUAAGCAUAAAAUGCAAGGAAAGAGAAGGCAUAAAGCCAUCAUCAAGCCUAAAUUUGUAGGAGCUACUGCCCCACAAGCUGCUAUAGCCGUUCAAAGAGACCAUUCCACAAUUGAUACCGUAGCUAUGGAUAAUUGGCAAGAGGCUACCCUUAUUCUCUGUUUUGCAGUGGUUGGACUGAUUUACCUCAUCUGUGCAAGAGCAGGAGGUGAAGAAAAGAAAGAGGACUUAGCUAAGAAACACAUGUCAUAA